AUGGAACAUACAACAGCAUUCGUGCACUGUGCACAAAAAAUUCUCGUUGAAUUUAUUAAGGAAAACUUUCCAUUGGUAACAAAGAUCAAUUAUGUGAGUGAUGGAGCACCUGCUCAUUUUAAGAAUAACGCUAGUAUCUUGAACCUGAUUUAUCACAAGCGCGAUUUUGGUUUGGAUGUUUCUUGGAUGUUCACAGCUACGGGCCAUGAUAAAAGUGCUGGAGAUGGAAUUGGUGCAGUGCUAAAGUCUACUGUCAGACGUGAUACACUUUCCAAGAACAUUCUCAUGUCAAACGCAAAGGAUUUUUACGAGUUUUGA